CUGUCCGCAGUCUCUGGUCAUCCCCUGUACUGUCUGCAGUCUCUGGUCAUCCCCUGUACUGUGUCCGCAGUCUCUGGUCAUCCCCUGUACUGUCCGCAGUCUCUGGUCAUCCCCUGUACUGUCUGCAGUCUCUUGGUCAUCCCCUGUACUGUCCGCAGUCUCUUGUCUCCGGUCAUCUCCUGUACUGUGUCCGCAGUCUCUGGUCAUCUCCUGUGCUGUGUCUUCAGUCUCUGGUCAUCCCCUGUACUGUCUGCAGUCUCUGGUCAUCCCCUGUACUGUCUGCAGUCUCUGGUCAUCCCUGUACUAUGUCCGCAGUCUCUGGUCAUCUCCUGUGCUGUGUCCGCAGUCUCUGGUCAUCCCCUGUACUGUCUGCAGUCUCUGGUCAUCCCUGUACUAUUUCCGCAGUCUCUGGUCAUCUCCUGUACUGUGUCCGCAGUCUCUGGUCAUCUCCUGUACUGUGUCUGCAGUCUCUGGUCAUCUCCUGUACUGUGUCUGCAGUCUCUGAUUAUCUCCUGUACUGUGUCCGCAGUCUCUGGUCAUUUUCUGUACUAUGUCUGCAGU